AUGAAAUUCACAAAGAGUAGACUAAUUGCAUUUACCCCAGGUAAAAUCCGUUCAGUAGCAGUGAUCGGUGCGGGACCAGUAGGUUCCGGUUUAACUAAAGCUUUAAUUAACGAAAACCAUUUUGAUAAAAUUGAUGUUUUCGAAAAAAGAUCCAGAUUUGGUGGGUUGUGGAACUAUACUAAGCCAAUAACUUUACAAAACAUUAGUAACGAUACAUCAAUUCCAUGUGUUCCAUGUGAAAAUCCAGCAAUAAGAAUUAAACCACAAAUGUUACCUAAUGGUGAAAAGAUUUUUGGUACCGCGGUUUAUAAAUAUUUAGACACCAAUGUUCCAAAGCAACUAAUGGAAUAUCAUAACUUCCCUUUUAAAGAUGGCACUCCGUUGUUCCCUAUACGUGAUCAAGUUUUACAAUAUCUAACGUCUUAUGCCAAACCAAUUCAAAAAUAUGUCCAAUUCAACACUGAGGUCAGUCAGGUUCAUUAUAACGAUGCUAAUAAUAAGUAUAUAGUUAAAGUUGGAAAAUUGGGUAUUGACGGCGAUGUUGAGUCACAUCACAAAAACCUAGAAACUGCUGGUGAAUACGAUGCUGUGGCCAUUGCUACAGGGUUCUAUGAUUUACCUUACAUUCCAACCAAACCGGGAUUAGAUAAGUGGUAUGCUGCACAUCCAAGUUCUAUUUCUCAUGCCAAGGAUUUUGAUUGUCCCGAGCAAUAUGAACAUUUAAAGGGGGAAAUUGUUGUUGUUGGAAAUAGUGCUAGCGGAUCCGAUUUAGCUUUUGAAUUGGCUGUUCACUUGAAAAAGCCCAUUUAUAAAAGUAAGAGAAGUGAAAAUAUAUUACCUGCUGGCAAAAGUGAGUAUAUUAAAGAGGUUGGUGAUAUAGCUGGUAUGGAUCCAUCAACUAAAACUAUUAUAUUUACUGAUGGAACUAAACUAAGUAAUGUUGAAAAAAUUAUUUUCUGCACAGGUUAUUUGAAAUCAUUGCCAUUUCUACCUAAACAACAGGACAUUAAAGAUCCCACCGCACAAGUAGGUGAUACAAUAUUAUCACAGUUAAUCACCAAUGGUGGCAUGGUCCAUAACUUAUUUAAUCAUAUUGUACCAAUUAAUUUACCAUCGUUUGGUAUUAUUGGAUUGCCUAAAUACGUUUUGCCAACCAGGUUAAGUGAAACACAAGGUGCUUGGCUAGCUAGAAUUUGGAGUGGGAGAAUCCAAUUGCCUGAUUUGAAAAAGAGACAAGCGUAUCAUGAUUGGUUUGCUUACGAAAAUGGCUUAGGUGGUAAAUUUCAUGACUUGGUUUUUCCACGUGACAUCCAAUACUCACAAAGACUGAAUAAGGAAAUCAAGGCAGCUGGUAAUGGUGGCUAUUUUGGUGUUGAAUGGAGUCCUGAACAAAUCAGACUAAGAGCUAGUAUCAAACCAUUGAAAGAGGCCUAUUUGGAAAAGUUGAAGGUUGAAGGUAAAAGAGCUCUAAGCAUUGAUGAAUUGAUAGCGGGUGGAUACUUUAAAUGGCCUGAAGAUGCUAUAUCUGUUGUUCAAGUUCCUAAUUUUGCACCAUGA